ACAACUUAAUUUGAUCCUUCUCUUGAAGGCAAAGCUUUGAGCACAGUUAUCUCUCUGAGUUGCCUUUUCAGAUCCCUAAAGGCAGAGUUUGCUCAACUAGUUGAGCUGGCUCUGUCUUGUUUUUUUGUCGAACUAAGAAGUUCCUUCCUGAUAAAAACAGAAGGCAGCCUUGCUGAUUGGGUGUGGCUUUUGAAAGGAUAUGACAUCAGCCACAUCCCUCGCUUUAUACAGUGUGGUCUGUCUGAUCUCUGGCUGCACACCAAGUGAAUGAGGAGGUGUUUCAUUAAAUCUGCACACAGGUACUCGAGUUACUCUGAAACUGCUGCCGGCACCAAGUUCCAGUCUGCUGCGAAGUCUGCUUGACUUGCACACACGGAGUCUGCUUAAUAAAUUACUUGCAUAACUAGGAUUUUCAUCAGGGAGGAUGGAAUUUGAACUCUCAAGACCAACUGAGAAGUGAAAUAACAGAAAUUUGACUGCCCAGAGUGCAAUGGAUGGUGCAGGAGCAAAGGGAAAUGCCAGUAAAUACCAGGGAGUGGAAGGACAGUCGCAUGCAACUUCUAUAUCAAACCCACUGAUGAGUGAUUUCGUUUCAGACUGGUCUCCCUUACAUGAUGCCUCUAUCCAUGGGCGUUUGCUUGCUCUGAAGAAACUCAUCAAUCAGGGGAGCAGUGUUAACCUCAUUACAGCAGAUCAUGUGUCUCCUCUCCAUGAAGCCUGCUUAGGGGGCCAUCCUGCUUGUGCUAGUGUCCUAUUAAAACAUGGGGCUCAAGUGAAUGGAGUUACUAUUGAUUGGCAUACUCCUUUGUUCAAUGCCUGUGUCAGUGGCAAUGUGGCCUGUUUGAAUCUAUUAUUACAGCAUGGAGCCAGCCCACAUGCACCAUGUGAUCUGGCUUCCCCUAUCCAUGAAGCUGCUAAGAGAGGACAUAUUGAAUGUGUUGAAUCCCUCACAUCCAAUGGAGUAAAUAUAGACCUCAACAUCAAACAUCUGGGUACUCCGCUUUAUGUGGCUUGUGAGAAUGAGCAGGUAGCCUGUGCAAAGAAGUUACUUGAAUCAGGAGCAAGUGCAAAUGGUGGCAAAGAACUGGACUCUCCUCUCCAUGUGGCUGCCAGGAAUUCCAACGCUGACCUGGUGCACUUGCUGAUUGACUUUGGAGCAGAUGUGAGAGCUAAGAAUGCAGAAGGCAAAAGGCCAGUGGAGCUGGUUCCACCAAGCAGCAUUUUAACACAAAUAUUUGUGCAGAAAGAAGGGCCCCUGUCCUUGAUGCAGUUGUGCCGCCUGUGCAUUAGGAAGUGCUUCGGACACAAACAACAUCAUAAAAUAACUGGACUUCUGCUCCCGGAUGAGCUGAAACAUUUUCUCCUCCACAUUUAAACAUUUUGUAUUCAAAACCAUACCAGUAAAAAUAAGGCGAGGUAGCUCUCUACAUUGACUCUCUGUUCAAAGAAUGUUUGAAUCUUAAUAGAGAUGGAUUUGAAGCAAAACCCCAGAACUGCACACCCUGAAUUUGGGAAAGUCUGGAUCAGGAUCUGAGUACAAACUUUCUAGCUCAGUCUCAUCUCUAAUUCUGAAGCAUGGUGCUUUUAUACAGUACUUAAGCAUUAACAUACCAGGUGCAUAUUCUUCUGGGAUAUCUCCAUACUGUCUGUCUCAAAAGACUACACGUGUAGAUCCAAAUGCUACUACUCAGUAAAUAACACUUUCAAAAAUAAUUUACUUCUUUUUCAAUUGCCAAGAGCUCACUAGAACUGUGUUCCUAAGCAUAAACUGUCUGCAUUACUAACAUGCAGAGUGCAGGAAAAUGGUUUGCAUUCAGUGCUGGUGAUAUUAACUUCUGCAGGAGGAAAUACAGAGUCCGUAGCAUGUAAAAGACAGACACACAGCUUUUCAAAUGGAGUAUCUUGUUUAAAACGUUUCCAAUACAGCUGUAUGGUUUACAUAGUUGACAAACAUGGGAACUUUAAUAGGAUGGCCAAAUUCCACAACUGUAUGCUCAUAUUUGGUCCUUUGGUAUGUAAAAUUAGUAUUUACAUCCCUACUUGGCAUAUAGAUACCCUGCUUAAGGGCUUGAUCCCAAGUCAACAAGAGUACUUCCAUUGAUUUUAAUGAGCAUUGGAUCAUGCUCUAAAUACCCACAUUUGAAACCUCAAAAUUCAGCUAUCCAAAUUUUAGGAUCAGCAACAGUAAGUAAUUUUUUCUCAGCAGUUUUGCCACUUACUUUUAAGCUUCUGAUUUUGUGACCUCAAUCAGAGUGUUUGUAGGGCUAAGCGAAUAUCCUGAGAUGCUUAAUCAUAUCAGGUGGUGAGGGCUGGUUUUUUAGCUCUGUUUACCUUUUGAAAAUGUAAUAGCUUGACUCCGUUUACCUGAAUCUUUUUAAUCUUGUAUAACUAGGAUGAAUUCCCUGGGCUCAUUUUGCAUCAUCUCAAUAUAUUUACGUAUUUAUUUUUAAAUCAUUUGUGAUUGAAACUGAUGGAUUACAGUUUUAUGCAUAGAUAUCCUUGAAGCUGUAAGGUAAACUUAGUGAAAUCUGGAGCGAUUUCCAAACUUGAAAUCAUGCCAAAUGCCACUCAGUGUUUGAAAGACUGUCAUGAAUAUAUUUUUGUAGAUUCUAGGCUGUUAUUUUGUUAAAGGAUUUUAUUUCAGCAGUUUUUAACAAGAUUAUCCAACCACUAUUGUACAUGAUGUUUGCUCAAAAUAUAUUGUUUUUAUUCUAA